ACCUUGCCUGUGAGGGAGGAAACAUGGCUUUGGUUGAACAUAUGUUUGCAGAUUCUAAUAUAAACCUCAAAGGCCGUAAUGGAAGGACACCAAUCAUGGCUGCAGCUCCCAAAGGACACAAAAGCGUGUUUGACUUCCUCGAAUCAAAGGGCGCAGACCUCUCUAUGCUUGAUACAUUUGGUGAUAGUGUACUUCACCUUGCCUGUGAGGGAGGAAACAUGGCUUUGGUUGAACAUCUGUUUGCAGAUUCUAAUAUAAACCUCAAAGGCCGUAAUGGAAGGACACCAAUCAUGGCUGCAGCUUUCAAUGGACACAAAAGUGUGUUUGACUUCCUAGAAUCAAAGGGUGCAGACCUCUCUAUGCUUGAUACAUUUGGUGAUAGUGUACUUCACCUUGCCUGUGAGGGAGGCAACACAGCUUUGGUUGAUCAUCUGGUGUCCAAUUCUGAUAUUAACCUCAAAGGCAAAAUGGGAAGGACACCAAUCAUGGCUGCAGCUCCCAAAGGACACAAAAGCGUGUUUGACUUCCUCGAAUCAAAGGGCGCAGACCUCUCUAUGCUUGAUACAUUUGGUGAUAGUGUACUUCACCUUGCCUGUCAGGGAGGAAACACAGCUUUGGUUGAACAUCUGUUUUCAGAUUCUAAUAUAAACCUCAAAGGCGAUGAAGGAAGGACACCAAUCAUGGCUGCAGCCUUUAGUGGACACAAAAGCCUGUUUGACUUCCUUGAAUCAAAGGGGGCAGACCUCUCUAUGCUUGAUACAUUUGGUGAUAGUGUACUUCACCUUGCCUGUCAGGGAGGCAACACGGCUUUGGUUGAUCAUCUGGUGUCCAAUUCUGAUAUUAACCUCAAAGGCAAAAUGGGAAGGCCACCAAUCAUGGCUGCAGCUCCCUAA